UCGUCCUCGCAAUAUCAAAUUUUAAAUGCUCUUAUGGAUAACAUGCUUAAUUGCCACAGUGUCAUUGAAUGAACUCGAAGGAUUAAUGCGGAUGAUGUAUUUCUCAAUUGUGUCUAUCACGAUAUUUUAGCCUUUGGAUUAAAAGUUGUCCCAGACUGAAGGAUAAUUUCAACAGGAUGCUGUCAAUUUCACUCAGAAGUGUAAAAUUUGAAGAAAACAAGUGUUAUUGGGAAAAAGAUGGCUCCGCGAUGACAUCGGGCCGAACGGAUUCUUCAGUAUCAGAGGAUGAGGACUUACUAACACGGACUAGUUGGGUGAACGCUAAAGUCGCCUACAGACAGAUAGAAAAGGGCAGAGCAACAGGGAAUACUUGUGCACUAAAACUCAGGGCGAUAUUGCAACGACACUUGUUCAAUUUAGGAUGUUUUGUGCAAAGACACUGUGGGAAAGUUCUUUUUGUGGGAUUAUUAGUGUUAGCAUUAUGCGCUGUUGGAUUAAAGACAGCUGACAUUGAAGAGGAUCUGGAGAGAUUAUGGGUGGAAGAUGGUGGCCGGUUACAGACAGAAUUAGCUUAUACAAAAAAAGUUUUAGGGGAAGGGAGCGGGACGACGAGUGAAAUAGUCAUACAAACUCCAAGCAUAGGAUCUAAUUUAUUGUCGAAGGAAUCUUUUCUCUUACAUUUAAACACAGUUUUAGAAGCAACAAAAAUAAAAGUAGAAAUGUUUGAUAGAACGUGGAAAUUCAGAGAUUUGUGUUAUAUGGCGGGCUUCCCAAGUUUUGAUACACCUCUUUUAGAUAAGAUUGUUGAUGAUGUUUUACCAUGCGUCAUUAUCACACCUUUAGAUUGUUUUUGGGAAGGAUCAAAAUUACUUGGGCCAGACCAUCCAAUUUAUGUGCCGGGUCACAGUGGUCAGAUUUGGUGGACCAACUUAAAUCCAAUGAAGAUAUUGGCUGGUUUAAAAACCUUUAACUUUCCUUUCAGUCAGUUUGAGGAAUUAAUGAAUAGAGCGGGUAUUGACAGUGCUUAUCAGGAAAAACCUUGUAUAGAUCCACAUGAUGUCAUGUGUCCUGUUACGGCACCUAAUUUUCAAACAAAAAAGGUUCCUGAUAUUGGUGCUGAAUUAACAAACGGGUGCACAGGGUUUGCCUCCAAGUAUUUACGAUGGAACGAAGACCUUAUUGUUGGAGGGAUAGAGAAAAAUAGAACCGGGCACAUAGUCAGGGUUGAGGCGUUACAGAGUAUUAUACAGUUGAUGGGUGAGCGAGAAAUGUACAACUUCUACAGAGAUCGAUAUAAAGUACAUAACCUUGAAUGGACACAAGAAAAAGCCAAGCAGAUUCUAGAGGCUUGGCAAAGAAAAUUCUCUCAAAUUGUCUCUAAUGUUAUCAAUGAGACGACAGCCGCAGACCAUGAUAACAUAUACGCCUUCUCCCAAACAUCGCUAUAUGACAUCAUCAAGGACUUUUCCAAAGUCAGUCCGGUUCGAGUCGUCCUUGGAUACGUACUCAUGCUUGUGUAUGCAUGUGUGUCGUUACUACGAUGGACUGAUCCCGUGUCCUCCCAGAGUGGUAUUGGUAUGGCUGGCGUCAUGCUUGUGGCUCUCUCCGUGGCGGCGGGGCUUGGAAUAUGCUGUGUCCUUGGCAUCGAAUUCAACGCGGCUACAACACAGAUCAUCCCAUUCCUGGCGUUAGGAUUAGGAGUCGAUGAUAUGUUCCUCAUGGUGCAUGCAUUUGGUGAACACACUUACAAGAAGGACAUACCUUACAUGGAGCAGACUGGUGAGGUGCUGAAGAGGACAGGGGUCAGCAUCCUUCUGACAUCACUCUGCAACAUGUUUGCUUUCUUCCUGGCAGCUAUCAUUCCUAUCCCAGCACUUCGGGUCUUCACACUUCAGGCGGGUAUCUUGAUUCUGUUCAACAUGGGCUCGAUCCUGUUGGUCUUCCCAGCAAUCGUGAGUCUGGAUCUUAUACGUCGUGAGAACAAACAUGUCGAUGUGUUUUGCUGUUUUACUGGUUCCAUUGCCAACCAAGUGAUAGAGCUGCGACCUCCAAUACCAGAGCAGUCGCCAGUGUUCGUGCGGAGAGAGAGUCCGCCCCCUCCGUACACCCUUCACCAGACAAUCACACGCACAGACCCCACAGGGCAGCAGCCAGUCACCGUGUUAGCUCCUGAUGCAGUGUCAACGAUAUCACAUAGCCCUUCCUUUCAGUCAGUUCCCCCUCCCUCCUCUUUACCUCCGUCUGCCAGCAACUCGCGCCAGUGCCUGACAGGAGAUGGUUCGCCGAUGACAUGUAAAGAGCGCUGCGGCCAGGCCCAGCAAGAGUGCUGUAGAUGGUCCCUAACAGCAUUCGCGCACAGAAUUUAUGGACCUCUUCUGGAGAAAACUCCAAUCAAGAUUCUAGUCAUUGUAAUCUUUAGCCUAGUGUUUGGUAUUGGUGUGUGGGGAACGACGCAAGUCAAGGACGGCCUUGACCUUACUGACGUCGUCCCAAGGGGGACGAGCGAAUACAGUUUUUUAGAAGCGCAGUCCAAGUACUUCGGAUUCUUUCACUUCUAUGCUGUUACUCAGGGAGAUUUUGAUUAUCCAAAUAAUCAAGAACUUUUGUACAAAUACCACCGGGCGUUUCAGAAGGUGGACAACAUCAUCAAAGAGAAAGACGGGACUCUCCCUGAUUUCUGGCUUGGGCUUUUCUGCGACUGGUUACUGGGUCUUCAAAAAGCCUUUGAUAAAGAUGUCGCCAAAAAUUACAUCACGAAGAAUGGCUGGUCUACCAAUGCUUCUGAUGAUGGUAUCCUCGGAUACAAGCUCCUGGUACAAACGGGUGAUAUUGAUAGCCCGAUUGACAAGGAACAAGUAAUGACCAAUCGUCUAGUCUCAAAAAACAACAUUAUAAACCCUAAUGCAUUUUACACGUACCUCACCGCUUGGCAUUCGAAUGACGCCAUGGCAUACGAUGCGUCACAAGCACUCCUCCAUCCGAUCCCAAAGCAGUAUUACCAUGAGCCGGAUGAUCACAAUCUAUUGAUUGAAAAGUCAUCAUUGUUGACGUAUACUCAACUGGCUUUCUACCUAAAGGAUAUGGUGGACAUGACGGAGGAUGCCGUGGACAUCAUCAAGGAGAUUCGAGCCAUUUGCGACGAGUUCUCCGAUCAGGGCUUGCCAAAUUACCCAAGUGGUUAUCCGUUCAUGUUUUGGGAGCAGUAUAUCAACUUACGGUUCUACCUCAUGUUGUCUCUCGUUUGCAUACUGCUUAUUAUAUUCUUCACCCUGGCUGUUGUUCUCAUCAACCCCUGGGCCGCUUUUGUUGUUGUGAUUGUUUUGUCCAUGACUGUUGUUGAAUUGUUUGGCUUCAUGGGACUUGCGGGAAUCAAACUCAGCGCCGUUCCCGCUGUUAUUCUUAUCGUUUCUGUGGGCAUUGGAGUGGAAUUCACUGUACAUAUUUUAUUGGGGUUUUUGACGUCGAUUGGUAGUCGCGAUCGGCGGAUGAGGAUGGCAUUGGAUCAUAUGUUUGCUCCUGUGAUAAAUGGAGCUGUCUCUACGUUACUGGGGGUCAUCAUGCUCGUAGGAGCCGAGUUUGACUUCAUUGUUAGGUACUUCUUCAAUGUCCUGACAGCACUUGUGAUAAUCGGCCUGUUCAAUGGCCUCGUACUCCUGCCAGUACUGCUCUCCAUGCUAGGACCCCAAGGAGAGGUUGUCCCCAUGGAUAAGUCCGACAGGAUUGCAGCACCGAGCCCUGAGCCCUCACCCCCGCCCCCAGGCCGACCACAGAGGUCAACACGACGGGUGUACCCAAGAAUGCCCUCUGAUCUAUCCUUAUCUACGAUAACGGAGGAACCAACGCAAUAUUCAUCUCAUGAAAUAAUCGUUCAUCCCGAGAUUGUUGUUGAGACGACGACGGUACCGGGCUCACAGAGCGGAUCGAGUAGUCGGAGUGGCAGUCGAAAUACGACGCCUUCCUCCUCGAGACAGUCCACGCCACCCAUGAGACAUGUCACAACAGUCAAGGCAACAGCCAAAGUAAAAGUAGAAGUGCAGACGCCUUUGCCAGGUGCAGUGGACCAAGACCACAAGCGCCAACGGCGGAAAUGCCGAGAAUUGGAAGGAAAUAGUUCGAGUAGUGAUUCUUCAGACUCUUCUUAUGGCAAGUCAUGAAAUAUUAAUGAAGACUUUGCGACUUAGAUGGUGCUAGCCAGUUUGCAAUAAGUGUAAUAUAAUGGACCGAGCAUGUUAAAUUAUGUAAAAUAUCUACUGUAAUAUGUUGUAAAUUAAGAUGAGUAUAUAUGGGAGUAUGAAUUUUGUUUACUUCUGGACAUUUCUGUAAAUUUUAUCGACUUAGAAAUCACAGUUUUGUGCUAUUUUAUGGGUCAAGUUUUGAUUUACCUGCUCUGUCGUAAAGUUAUGUAGGGUACUCAUUUGAGGACAUUGAGUCUGUGACAUGAUUGACAGAAGUUGGAAUAAAAUCUUAUACAGUUACUUUUGUUUCAAAGUUAGUCAAUCGAUGCACUGAUUUAAACUUCUCAACGGAGUAGGCCUAUACUCAUCAACAUAUUAGUUUUCAAGUUAGGGGAGGAAAAAUUAUAAGAAAUUCGCAAAAUUUUCCCGUGAUUUCUUCAGACUUCCUUUCUGGAAGAUGCAUUCAGUUUGGGGUUAAUGAGAUCCUUAGGGAAGUGCAAAAAGUAUCUCUCCUCGCAUUUAAUAGCAUUUGUUUGUUUAUGGACUCCUUAUUUGUAUAUAAUGUCAAGCUAACUUGAUCAAACUCGCCAAUGCCUAAACUGUACUGUGUCUAUGUAAUGCAUUAGUGAAUUCGGUAAAAUUGGCUGAAUCCAAUAUUGUUUGUAAAUCGGGUAUUUGUAAAUAUUGUAAUACUAGUCUAAAAUCUUUUUUUGGGAAAAUAGGGUCUCCAUAUUUUCUGUUGUAUUCAUUUCUGAUAAGUUAUUGGUUGAUUUAAGCUGGUUGAUGAUUUGUACAUUGACUGAAUCAAAAUAAUUGUUAUAAUUCAUUAUACUGUAAGCCCCUUUAUUAUCGCGAGCGUAGUGUUUCUGCAAAUUUUGCAUGAUAAGGGGGGUCAAAACACCAACAUUAAUGGUGUAAAAACUAAUAAUCUAAGGAUAUAUAUCAUUGAAAAACCCAUCCAUUUGCAGAAUCUAAUGGUAGUCAAAUGUGAAAAGACAUUUUCGCUAAAGUUUGGAGCCACGGGAAUAAAGAGAAUUACAGUAAUUCAUUUUUACUACACGUGUGGAGGCGCAUCAUUUACGACUCCCAUUCCGACAAGGUGGAAUAUCACUAUAGGUACAUUGUCAGUUAUUUUGAACAAAUGUAUCGCUAAAUGAUCCGGGUGGUAGUUGGAAGGGUGCGCACACUUUUUGAUAUCCUCUUAUAUCCUUAGUCAGUAAUGGAUGCAGUCUAUCCAGUUUCCACUUCAUGUAAUGUCAGUAUUUGGUGACAAUUACUUGAUUUGCAACAAAAAUCGAAGAAUAUUAUGAGGGUGGGUCUGCGAUGAGGUACGUCAUCCAGGCCUUCCUACUUGUACACUACUUUUUGGUCAGUGACAUCAAAUUUUAGUGAUAUACACCAAUAUUGUCUAAAGAAAUACUUAAUAAUCAUGCAUUGAUUUCCAAAGUAACCAAAUUGUACACCACUUGUGGCAAUUUUUUUCUUAACUUUUACAUUGACUGUAGAUAUCUGAAGAUUACGCGGCCGGUAACCAGUAUAGUCAUUUGAAUCACCACACUGAUUAUACAUCAUCUGGGCUGUAUUUAUUUCUUGGUGUUGCUUUCUUUGAAUUUAUUAGUAAUUGUCUGUUAGUUGUUGUAUGAAGUGCCAAAAUAUUUCUAUACGAUUUUUUGGUUGGUGUUGACUGCUGGUGCGUGAAGGUAAUGGCAAAUUUGUAAAUAUUUCUCAGGGUUGUGUGUAUUUAAUGGUUCCUAUCAUGUUUUUCAGUUUCAUAACUCUUACAUAACAUUUCUGUCAACUUUCCUUCAAAACAAAAGGGCUUCGACUACAUUUGCAAGUAAAAGUUCAAGAUCAUUGAGAUAUGUCUGCAUCCUGAAUUAUAACAGUCUGCUCAUGAUACUCUUUUCAGUGUUGUUUUUCCUUAAAACUUCACUUUUCAUGUGCCAUUCUUCCAGUAUCACGUGUCCCUUUCCAUUGGUGACACAUAAAAAUCAAUUCAGAACAACAUGCUCUCAUUCUUUCUAAUGUGAAUAUGCACGUGAUACAACAUGAAAGGGAAUUUCUUCGGAAACAACAGCAAAAAAUAGUGGAAUCAAUUAUUGGAGCACGAUGAGAACAAAAACGCUGAUGGUUCAGAAUGAUAAUCUUGAAAAACUGAUCUUUUAAGACCUUCACGUGCAAAGUUGAAGCCCUGUAAAUGUAGAAUUUAUCCCAAUCCUUCAUAAUAGACAUCAGACAAUGAAAAUGGCUAUGCUCUGUGAGAGCAAGGUCAUUUCCAGCUGUGUGUGUGUGAUCCUAAUACAUGUAGCAAGAGAGUCGGGAUACGUAGGUCUGAGCAGGUCGCAAGUCGUAAAAUACCCUCUGUGAGGUUGACAUCUGAUGAUAAGGUACUUUAUGCAGUUCAUGUAUCAUGUUAUUGUGAAGUUAAACUAACUUCAUGACUUGGUUGUUAAUAUUUUAAUGAAAUGGCCAGUUUUGUGUACAACCCAGCAGUGAUUGGGUUUUUGGGUACUGGAUACUGUUCCAGGUUAUUUUCCAAAGCCACAGGUUGCUAAGUCUGGAACCAGACUGGGAAGUAUGUGAUUGCAUUUAGAUGCAUUUACCCUUUUGAAUUCCUUCUGCUGAGGUGUUGUAAGAAUUUUAAAAAAUCAAAAAAUGUUUGAAUGUUUUUUAUUGUAACCUUGAAUGUUUUCCUUACUUCUUCACUGACGAAUGGAGUUCUCUUCAACUCUUUUUAUUUGGUUGAAGAUAUUGUAAAAUGAAUAUGAAAAACUACCUAAUACCAGUACUGGCUUUUAAUUUGUGUGGAUUUACAACCUCAAAGUGUGAAUAUUUUUGUCUUCAUUGUGUAUGAUAUUAUUUCCGAAAUACGAGUAUUUGUAUAUUUUGCUUUUGAUAAUGAUUUUUGAAACAUGACAAUCUCUGGGUUAUGACUUUGCAGUUUUAAAUGAAAUGAUGUUGAGGGGAAGUUUGCAUUUUUUCAACUCUGGGGCCUUCUGUGAGAAAUAAAUGGGAAUCCUUGACAAGUGUACUUCUAUUCCUUUCAAUUGUUAGUUUUUCUUACAUUCAUGAACGGUACUGUCUAUUUUCUCUGCUGCCCUCGCUGGCAUUGAAAGAAGUGCUAACGCGUUCCUUUCAAAACAAUGUUGCGGGCCUAAAGUCUAUUCCCCGGGAGUUGAUAGAAUAUGAUGCUGACUUCCUUUGUGGAGCAGUUGCCGCCAUCAACUCCCGGGGAAUAGACUUUAGACGCCUGAGACGGUGCAGAUUUGCGUUCCACGAAACAGGGUGGGUGGGUCGGGUUGGAAGGCCCCAGCAAACCAUGGCAUUCUGUAAAUAAAAAUCUUGUACAAACUGUUGUAAAUUAUGCACAAAUGUUAAAGUGUCUUUAUGGAUACGAUGUACUGUGAUGGUUUGAUAAGUUUGGAGGUGAGAAAUACAUAGAUAUGUCUUCAUCCAUUUCUAUCAUGAAUUGGUUGCAAAAUAAAUUUUUUAUAGAAAAUAA